AUGGAAAUCAUUACGGAGAGGUUCUACUCGAACCUUUUCCGUUCAUCAACUCCUGUGUCAAGCCCGAUCAUCCCCACUCCACCACCGAUUCUCACUUUCUUCUCCCACAGAAGGUCUACCACAGAUUCUCCUUUCGGAAGUACGAGUCGCUAUCAAGAGCAUGAAUCCGGUGGAAAUCCUCGCAAAGCGUUCUCAUUCACAAGAAAGCUGCAUGACCGAAAUCCAGACCGUGUCGAAGGUCAUAGAGGUUUGCCGGGAAUACCGCCUGCCCCUUUUUUAACCUUCGUCGACUAUGAGAAAGCCUCCCACAGCGUAGAAACGAAUGCAAUACUGUCAGCGCUGGUCGAUCAAGGUGCGUCAUAUGUGAGGAAAUUAGCCAAUUGUCACGAUCGAUGCACCAGUAAGACUAAGACACAGCUUUUCCACCGCCCUCUCACCAUACCCAUUGGAAAGGGGAUACGACAAGGCGAUACUAUAUCGUCGAAGCUGUUCACGGCUGCAUUGCAAUGGAUAAUGAAAUCACUUUCCUGGAAAGAAAGAGGCAUACGUGUUGAUGGAAGAUUUCUUUCGAACCUUCUUUUUGCGGAUGACUUCGUUCUCUUUUCGAGCAGUACCAAUGAAGCAGAAACGAUGCUCAACGAAUUGAACGAAGUAGGGAAGAAAACAGAACUGCGAAUAAACAGGAAGAAGACACAGUUUAUGAAGAACGCCUACUGCGAGGACGGAGUACAACUUGAAGGCUCCCAAAUCGUGGAAACUUUGUUAUACGUAUACUUCGAACGUUCUGUGAACAUUGAAAACUUGAAGGAAGAACUGAAUAGAAGAAUGAGAGCAACAUGA